GGCGGAGUCGCUUGAAGAAUCACUGAGUAGAGUUUCCGUCAUCAAACACAAUAAAGGAGAGACAAAUGGGGUCGAUAUUUUGCCGAUGGGAGACAAGAAGUAUUCCCUUAUUGUUUUUCUCCGGAAUUUCGCUUGAAUUGCUUGUCAAUUAAAGAUUCAAGCUAUGUCUCCCCUGACAGACGUUUUGGAGAAGCACCAGACAAGGCUUGUGUUUGUCGGAUCUUCCACUCGAGAACAGAUGGAGGAGUUUGUUCGCAAUCCCAUAGUUCCUAUUUCCGGUGAAUUAUACACAGACCCCUCUAUUUCCUUGUACAAGAUCUUCCAGAUGAAGAGUGGGCGUUUCCGGUCCCUUGUCAUGCCUCUAUGGCACGGCGCCAAAAGAUACGGCUUUAGUGGUGUAAUGGAGGGUCUCAGACUAGGAAUGGAAACUUCGCAUCUGGCAGGGGAUUCUUGGAUUCAAGGGGGCACCGUACUGCUGGACCAGAGAGGAAAUACGUUAUUUCAGCACCAAGAGAAUCAUCCGGCUGACUGGCCAGAACUUACCGAGGUGUUACGAACGGUGGGCAUCACUGAAGACAAUGUAGAUUACGACAAAGCAGUAUCCGAAUGGAUUGCAGCUCGACAAAACGCGCGGAAAUAAGUAGUUUACAGGUUUAUUUUUCUGCCAGAAAGUAUGAUGAACUUUUGGUAACCGCUUAAGACGAGCGACCGAGAGUUCUGAGUAAACAAUACAGCAGAAAAAUGAAAAUGAACAU